CUUUCCAGUUGGCAAAGUUCAGGCGGCUGAGAAGUCAAGGCCCCGAGGUCGGCGCACCGGGCGCAGCCCUGCACCACCCCAUCUGCGGGGUCGCGACGCGGAGCCGUAAAGCCGUGCCAUGCACGCCGGGGGCCCCCGGUCGCCGCGGCUCCUCUGCCAGGCCGGGGGAAGGCGGCGCUCCGCGGGGUCCGGCUGCUGACCUGCGAAGGUCCGGUCCGGCUGCGCGCGCCUGACGGCGGAGGCGCCGAGCCAGCCCGAGGAGGGCGGCCCCGGAGCGCGCGCGCGGGCACGGGCUGCGGUCCCGCCGGCCGCCCAGGCGCCGCCCCCACCCCACCCCACCCCCGCCGCCGUCCUCCCCGCCCGGCACGUCGGGGGGUUCCGGGCGCCGAGCGCGCAGGGCCCGCAUGGAGGCGGCCUCGCCGGCGGGACCCGCCGCCCCGCAGCCGCGCGCCCCGGGAGCAGCGAGGGCGCUGGGGAGCCUGCUGCGCGGGCUUAAAGGCCAGCUCCUCACCUGGAAUAUCUUGAAGACAGUCGCGCUGGGUCAGAUGUUGUCUUUGUGCAUAUGUGGGACGGCCAUUACCAGCCAGUACUUGGCAGAGCAGUACAAAGUGAACACGCCCAUGCUUCAGAGCUUUAUCAACUAUUGCUUGCUGCUGCUGUUUUACACGGUGAUGCUGGCCUUCCAGUCAGGGAGUGAUAACCUUCUGUACAUCUUGAAGAGAAAAUGGUGGAAAUACAUCCUGCUUGGACUAGCAGACGUGGAAGCUAACUACCUGAUCGUCAGAGCAUACCAGUAUACGACUCUAACCAGUGUCCAGCUUUUGGAUUGCUUUGGGAUUCCUGUGUUGAUGGCGCUCUCGUGGUUUGUUCUCUAUGCGAGAUACAGAGUGAUCCACUUUGUCGCCGUGGCCGUCUGUCUGUUGGGCGUGGGGACAAUGGUUGGUGCUGACAUUCUCGCAGGGAGGGAAGACAAUUCAGGCAGUGACGUGCUGACUGGGGACAUCUUGGUCCUUCUUGGAGCCUCCCUCUAUGCCGUUUCUAACGUGUGUGAAGAGUACAUCGUGAAGAAGCUGAGCAGGAAGGAGUUUUUAGGAAUGGUGGGCCUAUUUGGAACCAUCAUCAGCGGCAUACAGCUAUUGAUCGUUGAAUGUAAGGAUAUUGCCAGCAUUCAGUGGAACUGGAAAAUUGCCCUGCUGUUUGUGGCGUUUGCCCUGUGUAUGUUUUGCCUGUACAGCUUUAUGCCGCUGGUGAUUCAGGUCACCAGUGCCACUUCUGUGAACUUGGGCAUCCUGACAGCCGACCUCUACAGCCUUUUCUUUGGACUCUUUCUGUUUGGCUAUAAGUUUUCGGGGCUCUACCUCCUGUCCUUCACCGUCAUCAUGGUGGGGUUCGUGCUCUACUGCUGCACCCCCACGCGCACGGCCGCGCCGGCGGAGAGCAGCGCGCCGCCCGUCACCGGCAUCGGGGUCGACAACCUGGGGCUGAAGCUGGAGGAGCACCUGCAGGAGACGCCCCCCGCGGCGCCGUAGCUGGACGGGCAGGUGCGCCCACGCCCAGGCCUCCGCGCCCGGGACCCGGCCCGGGGAGGAGCGGCGCCCGCUGAGCGCCCGCCGAGGGGACCCUUGGGAGAUUGAUGGGCGGGGAGCCAGCACUGCAGCACGGAACCGGAUCCACCGGUUAGAUUUUACAGAGGAAUACAAAAUAACGUGUCAAAGGUAGAAAUACGAAACUAGAGAAGACGGGGUGGCUGGGGUCGUGUCCUGCUUGAGGACUAAUACCUGUUAGCGUCAGGGAGACCAGGUGUGCCCCGCACUGGGGUCUCGGAGACGGGCGGGAGGGCCUUCGAGGGAGACAGCCAGGCGCCCUCCGGCCUCAGGGCAGGGCCUGAAAGCGGGCUGUCCAGCCGGGCUGGGCGGUCAGGUGCUGGGGGGCCGGGGUGGUUUUGGGGAGGUUUCCACGUUUAGAGACAGUCGUCGUCCACCAGGCUCGUGGCCUUGAUGCCAUAGUGAGGUCUGGUGAUUGCACACGGCGGCAUGGGUGGGCCAGCCCCUGAGAACUCCUGAGAUGCAGGUGUGAGUAUCAUAGACGCAGGGAAGAGCGGGCAUACAGCGGACUGAGGAGCCCUCCAUCGUUCAGAGACGAUUCCACGCUGCUUCUCCCCAAGUGUUUGUAACGUGCCAUGGCGUCAGCCACCACUGUGCCCCUUUGCAAAACCUCUGUAUGUGAACUUGUUUUGUAAUGUACUGAAGAAAUUGAGGGCAAGUGUUCGUGCUAUUAAAAGAGUUUGAUUGCAUUUGAAAUGUA